ACCCAUCAACCACCCCAAGAUUAUUGGAAUCAUCAAACAACACAAACAAUUUGAUCACUCACAAAGUUCAAAUCGAAAUGUCUCUCAAAAUCCUCAUACCCAUUUUAAUUCUCACAAUCGCCAUGGCCUCCGAUCCCGACCCACUUCAAGAUUUCUGCAUCCCAAUUUCAAACCCAAAAUCCCCAAAUAAAUUAUGCAAGAACUCAACCGCCGUCACCGCCAAUGACUUCAUCUUCUCCGGCGGAAAAUCCUGCGGAUCCUUCUCGGAAAGUGGGUUCGCAACCGUAUCGGCAAACCCAAGUAAUUUCCCGGGAUUGAACACGCUGGGAAUGUCGUUCGUACGCGCCGAUUUCAAAGAAGGGGCAAUAAAUCCGCCGCACGUGCACCCACGGGGGGCGGAAAUGGUGUACGUGGUUCAGGGGAGGGUUUACGUCGGUUUUGUUGACUCGGCGAACCGGGUUUACGCGAAGGUAAUUGAAGAAGGGGAAGUGAUGGUGAUUCCGAGAGGGCUGGUUCAUUUUCAGAUGAACGUGGGGAAGAGAAAAGCGACGGUUUUUGGGUGUUUUAAUAGUCAGAAUCCGGGGACUCAGAAAAUGGCGGCGGCCAUUUUUGGGUCCGGGAUUAAAGAAGAGCUUUUGGAGAAGGCUUUUGGGUUGAGUUCUAAGGAGAUUAGGAGGAUGAAGAGAAUGUUUGAAUCUUGAGAAUUCUCUUUCAUCUUUUUUUUUUCCUUAUUCUUAAAUUUUAAAUUUUUAUUGUUUGGGUGUUGUUUUGUAAUUUAAUGAGGAAGACAUUGAAUUUUUUUCCGUGGUU